AUGAGGCUUGAAAGGUCAGGGAUUGAGAAGAGAGCACCUGGAGGCUGCAGCAGCCUCCUCAUCUCCGGGUUAUUAGACACGUAUGUAUGUUUGGCUACUAACUUACUUUCUCAUCUGUGUCUUUUUUCAGAAGAUGCUCUGCUGGAAGCUGCAAGGAUCAACAAUGUUUCUGAAGUUGACAGGUUAUUGCUAGAAGGCACGGAUGUGAAUGCGAGGCACAAGCUUGGCUGGACUGCUCUCAUGGUGGCAGCUAUCAACAGAAAUUCCAGUGUGGUGAAGAUCCUACUCGCAGCUGAUGCUGAUCCAAACCUUGGAGAUGAAUUCAGCAGCGUGUAUGAGACUGCCAAGGAAAAAGGCCUCCAUUCUUUAGAAGUCCUAGUAACGCGAGAGGAUGACUUCAACAACCGCUUGAACAUCAGAGCCAGUUUCAAAGGCUGCACAGCUCUACACUACGCAGUACUUGCUGAUGACUACGUGACAGUCAAAUUGUUGCUGGAUGGAGGUGCCAACCCCCUGCAGAAGAAUGAAAUGGGACACACACCCCUGGAUUAUGCUCGUGAAGGGGAGGUCAUGAAACUUUUGAAAGCAUCGGAGACAAAGUUCCAGGAGGAGCAGCGCAGGAGAGAGAUAGAAGAACGCCGGAGGUUUCCCCUGGAGCAACGGCUAAAAGAGCACAUCAUCGGUCAAGAGAGUGCAAUAGCAACAGUGGGAGCAGCUAUUCGGAGGAAGGAAAAUGGCUGGUAUGAUGAAGAGCACCCACUGGUCUUUCUUUUCUUGGGAUCAUCUGGAAUAGGUAAAACAGAGUUGGCCAAACAGACAGCCAAGUAUAUACAUAAGGAUGUCAAGAAGGGUUUCAUUAGACUGGACAUGUCAGAGUUCCAGGAAAGGCACGAGGUCGCCAAGUUUAUUGGCUCUCCACCUGGCUAUGUGGGCCAUGAAGAGGGUGGGCAGCUCACCAAAAAGCUGAGGCAGUGUCCAAAUGCUGUGGUGCUCUUCGACGAGGUCGACAAAGCCCACCCAGAUGUCCUCACCAUAAUGCUGCAGCUGUUUGAUGAAGGCAGACUGACAGAUGGGAAAGGAAAAACCAUCGACUGCAAGGAUGCCAUCUUUAUCAUGACCUCCAAUGUGGCAAGUGAUGAGAUAGCCCAGCACGCUCUGCAGCUCAGGCAAGAGGCCAUGGAAAUGAGCAAGAAAAGGAUCGCAGAAAACUUAGAGGAUGUCCAGAUGACCGACAAGAUAACCGUCUCUAAGCAAUUCAAGGAAAAGGUUAUUCGCCCGAUCUUAAAGGCUCACUUCCGACGGGACGAGUUUCUGGGGAGGAUCAAUGAGAUUGUGUAUUUUCUCCCUUUUUGCCACUCCGAACUCAUCCAGCUUGUCAACAAGGAGCUGAAUUUUUGGGCCAAGAAGGCCAAAACGAGGCACAACAUCACCCUGCUUUGGGAUAGAGAGGUUAUGGACGUGCUGGCUGAUGGCUACAACUUGCACUAUGGCGCCCGGUCUAUCAAACAUGAGGUUGAACGGCGUGUUGUGAACCAGUUAGCAGCUGCCUAUGAGCAGGACCUGCUGCCAAGGGGGUGCACCUUGAGGAUCACAGUGGAGGAUUCGGACAAGCAGCUGCUGAAAACCAAGGACAACUCUUCACCUGGAAUGGAUAAAACAAAGAUGCCAACCCUGCGGCUGGAGAUAGUGGAGAAAGACAGCAAAUCCCGAAAACUGGACAUCCAAGCACCUUUGAACCCUGAAAAAAUUACUUUCUUCUUAUAGGCACGAGGACCACUCCUGGAGCACUCUCCAAGCAGCUGCUGCCUGUGAGAUGCUGCAGGCUGUUCCGGUUGACAAUAAAAUACCAUGAGACUCAGAGUGUCCAGUCUGGCCACAUCAGUGAGUACAGGCAACUCCUGACUGUCAGAGCAGGGCGUGAGGCAGGGCAGGGGCAAAGCUGUGCUCUCACGAGCUCCUCUUCCUCUUCAGGAGCGGGACACAGGCAGGCAGGACCCUCGCGUGACCAGACUGCGCCUGUUUAUUCUGGAUAGACGCACAGGUUGUGGAGCUGCAGCUACGAACCAGGGAGGUGCCAUGCUGCUGUUACGGGGACAUAGCAAAUAUAUAGGUGGAGGGUAGUGGGAUUUCGCCAUAGAAGCACGUGGCACAAGAGAAGGUGUAGGAGUAUUUUAAGAAGAGGGGCAAAGCACAUUUCAGAUGGUACAGGAGCCGGGGAGUCCGGCUCUGAUAAGACUUGCUGUUCCCUAUAGGGGUGGCUGACUGCGGAGGCUGGGUUCGCUGGGGCUGGGUUGCUGCUGGAAAAGGGGUAGGACAGGGACUGAGUGUAUGACAGCUUGAUUUUGAAAGCCACCAGGCAUUCUUUGACUCUGUGUAUUUCACCUGGCUCUUAAUUUAUUGCAAUAAAGGCAGUGUGCACAUGCGAAA